AUGGAGACCCUCGUCCCCCGUGAUCCAACCAUCACCACCAUCACCACCUCCGUUCCAAUCUCCUCCCCUACCUCCCUCUCUCCCGUUGAUGACGACCACGUCAGGCCCAACCCCCGCUCUCCUAGCUUCUCUACCGAUUUUCUUGAGCGGAACGCCGGGACAGACCUGCACCAGAGCCAGCCGCUCCGCGUCCAUUCCCUUGUCCGCAAGCUCGGCAGUGCAGCCCUUGCCCAGAGCUCUGAUGACGGGCACAGCUCUCGGUCAGUUGCCGGAAGCUCCGCGGCCCCCGAUACCCCAUUCGCCCUGCGCCCGGGUAUUCUAGACCUCUCCGAAGACGAGGGUGAGCACGAGCCCGAGCCGCAGCAAGAGGUAGUUGUCACCGAUGAUGCCACUGAUGGUCUCUCGGAGGUCGCCUCCGCAGUAUCAGUCACUCCACCCACUGCGAAGAUUCCAAAGAAGAGCACCUCCGCCUCCAUCUUUGGUCCAAGUUCCUCUACCGCGGCCUACAGACCCGCAUCCGCAUCCGCGUCGGCAUCGGCAUCGGCAUCGGCAUCGGCAUCGGCAUCUGCAUCUGCAUCUGCAUCUGUAUCUGCAUCCGCAUCCGCAUCCGCAUCUACCCCGGUUGCCGCAGCUCAAGAGCCCGUUGUCCCAGCCCCCGAUGCAUCUGCGGCAAUUGGGACAAUGCCCGCCUUCCCACGCGGUAUCGGCCCUGCCCCCGGUGAGACUGGGUUCAGCAGCAGCAGCACUAGGAACAAGCCCAAAACCAAGAAGUUCAAUUUUAUACGGCUUUUCAGGAUCAUGCCUGCGGCACCCCCUGAUGCACCCGCUGCGAUGUCGGCUGCUGAGAAGCGUGCCUUAGCCGCGAGGGAGCGUGAAGCCCGCAUCAAGGAGGCCGAGGCUGAGAAAAGGAAGAAGGCCGCGACACCAACUGACAUCGCGCCGUCAAAGAAUCCCGCUGUCAUCAGGAGCUUGAAGGAGGAGCUCUUGGGGAGGAAGAAGUCCCAUUUGAGGGAGGCGAAGACUGAGUUGACCCUUGCCCAGAAGGACGUCGACUUGUUGAUGGAGAGCAUUGAGGAGUUGGAGGAGGAGCUUUCUGCUUCUGCUCCUGCUACUGCUUGA